UGGUCCACAGAGCGCGUUCACGAACUUCCCGAUUUUGAGUGAACGUCAGGCGCUAGGUAUUUCUUUCUUGGCACUGGCGGGCGAGAAGUUUUGAGGCCACGUGCCAACAAGGCUCACGUAUUGUGCUAAGACAGUCGGUACCGCACACUCCGGCAACAGAAGCAGCAUGCGGCCGUUGUUGUUGUGCAUCUGCAUGGUGGCGAGUCUCGUCCCGGUCUCUGCCUUCGACCAGUUCGGCCCGCGCCCCCCGGAACGAUGCGAGGCACUACGACAAGACAGUUGCCGUCAGUUCUACAACAACACCGUCGUGCCCAACAAAUUCGACCACUAUACUCAAGCGGAGGCGGCAACUGAGAUGAGUCACUAUCCAGUUCAGUCAAUGAACUGCUCGGACGAGCUCUUGUUUCUUCUCUGCGCGUUAUAUUUCCCCAUCUGCACUGACUACAGCCACCUGCUCUCUCUACCACCUUGUCGGUCCGUUUGUCUGCGUGUACGGAGGAGGUGUGAGCCAUAUCUGGUCGAGAGAGGAUAUCCAUGGCCUGAUCGACUCAACUGCGAGCGACUGCCGGAGAGAGACGAGGCCAACGGUGUCGUCUGCAUGUCGGACAACCGCACGGAAAGCUCGUGGACACCGAUACCGACGUCCGUCCCCGAAAUGGGUGGCACCAGCAGUCACGAAGGAGGAGGGACCGACGAGGAGUCCACGCGGCCGAGCACUCUACAAGAGUGCAGAAGCCCGUUGAUACCGAGCGGGAGCAAGUCCGACUCUUUUGCCGGCUUGUCGUACUGCAGGGCGCCGUGUAACACUUUCUACGACGAGGAGCAGCUUCGCUUCGCUUCCGACUGGAUCCUAGCGUGGUCGUGUAUCUCUCUGACGGCGGUCAUUGCCAGUCUGCUCUACUUCUACCUGAACAAAGAUCGGUUCUACGACAUUGAACGUCCAAUCCUCUACCUCACAUGUUGUUACGUACCGGUGGCUGUAGCCUACAUCAUCGGCUUUGGUGCAGACAAAACGUCCAUCGCCUGCUAUGAAGGUCAAGGAACAGAGGGAACGCACUUGAACGAAACAGCUCAAAGAAUUGAAGAAUGGAAAAACGCGCCGUGCGUUAUCACAUUCCUGCUAAGCUCCUACUUCGAAACGGCUGCGCAUACAUGGUGGGUCGUUCUGACGCUUUACCUGUUUACAGCGGCUGGCAUCGGAUGGGAUGUCGCUCGCAUUUCUCACUUGUUCCGAUACUUUCACGCGUUAGCCUGGUCAGUACCUGCCAUCCAGGUGGUCAUCGUUCUUGCGCUACAGGCUGUCGACGGCGACCCGCUCUCAAACAUUUGUUCGCCGGGAAACAGCAACCUCGUCUUCUUCACCGGAUUCGUCGUUGCACAGCUCAUCGUGUUUCUCAUCCUCGGAGCCGUCUUUCUCGUUUGCGGACUCGUCGCUGCGAAGAGGCAAUCGUCAAACCCAAGAAUCGAUGAAGUAAGACUACAACACAUUGACCGUUUGUCGUCGAGCAGCCAGCGUCGACUGGUGAGGUCCUCGCUUGGAAACGACAACAGAACUGAGAGCAGGACGGGAAGUAGGACUGAAAGUAUGACCGAAAGUAUGCCGGAAAGUAUGGCGGCAUGCAAGGAGGGAGAAUUUCCGAUUGCCGCUUCUCUCCUCGGCCUCUUCUACCUUAUCAUCGUUACUCUGCUCUUGGCGUGCGUUCUCUACGAGCAGCAAAGUCGAGCGACGUGGGAAAAAGACUUUGCCAACUGCGUGGUGAACAACCUGGGCUGUGAAUCUCGUUCCAGACCUCCAGCCACCAUCUAUCUUCUCAAAUAUCUCAUGACACUGGCGGGUGCUGUAGUGAUUGCACUAUGGGCAUGGGCCGGUAAACUACGGUCGUCGAAAAACUGUAAAAUGUGCCAUUUUGAUUGGACACCAAAGGAGUGUGUGAGAAACUGCCAGCAGCCGGGCUCGCCAGGAGGCCCCAUCACUACUGUAGUUUGAGUACGAUUUCUGUAGUAUUGACUUUCCGCCAUGAAACUCAUUUCGGUGUUGUAGGGGAGACACCCGUAUUUUUCUAUAGGCUGUAAGUAGCUAGACAAGCUAAAUGUUCUAUUUCUGUAAGCCGACGGUUACACUAAACAUUGCAUCUAACUGUACUAGCUUGACAGUCAUUUUUCUUACUUGCUUCAUGUUACGCUAUAGUACAAACAUGUAAACAAAUACAAACACAAUAAUUAAUUAAUUAAUCACUGAUUGAAAAUUUGAAGGUCAGAAUGCA